UAGCUACGUAUCAUUUCGUUGAAAGAAGCUGAGGAGAAAGGAUUCUAAGUGGCCAAGAUGUGGCGACUUUUGGUGAUCCUGUUGAUUUCUGCGGCUGGUGUGUUUGGACAGGUCGAUGACGUGAAUGAGGAGGACACGGACGCCCAGGCGCCGGCACCCCCGGAGAUACGGUACCUCCAUAUCGAAUCCAAGAUUGCCUUCCGCUUUUCUACCACGAGAGUAUCAAGUAUGCUGGUGAACGUGGAUGAUAAGCCAAGGGAAGCUAUCUUCACCAUCCAGUUACCCAAGUCCGCCUUCAUUACCACCUUCUCAAUGACAAUAGAGGGCGUCACGUACGAUGGGACUGUGAAGGAGAAAGCAGCAGCUCUGAGAGAAUAUAUCGAGGCGAAAAAACAGGGACAGAGCGCGGGACACAUUGCUGCCAAGCCACGGAAUACCAACGCCUUCGAAGUGUCAGUGAAUGUGGCCUCGCAACAGAAAGUGACCUUCAACCUCACGUACCAGGAACUGCUUCAGAGGACGCUUGCAAUGUACCAGAACGUCAUGUACAUCAACCCUGGACAAAUCGUGCCUGACUUGAAGGUGGAUGUGUUCAUCAAUGAAUCGAGAGAGAUUACCAUCCUCAGGGUGCCAGCCUUGCAGAAGAAUGUGCAGGAUACGAUGAAUACUUUCCAAGCGAAUCAGCAUGCGACUGUCACAAAGAUCUCUCAAACGUCAGCUCAUGUUAGCUUCUCUCCAUCGGAAGCACUUCAGAAAGAAAUGUCGGCUAAAGGAAUCUCGAGCCAAUUCGUAGUCCAGUAUGACGUGCAGAGGGGUUAUGAUGCCGGAGAUCUUCAGGUUGUUGAUGGCUAUUUUGUGCACUUUAUUGCCCCGGUCGGCCUACCAGCAGUCAAGAAGAACGUGCUCUUCAUCCUUGACAUCAGCGGUUCAAUGAGCGGGAAGAAGCUAGCACAGACCAAGGACGCCAUGAGGGUCAUCCUCCGUGACCUUCAACCUGGUGACCUCUUCAACAUCUUCCUCUUCGACGACAGAAUCCGGAGAUGGAAUGCUACUCAUCUCGUUGCUGUUGAUGACAAUUCUUUGAGGGUUGCUCAGGAGUAUAUCAAGAAUAUGUCGGCAAGAGGCUCCACCGACAUCAACCGGGCCCUCACAAAAGGCAUUGAGUUUCUUGACAACCAGAGGCAGCAGGAGAAACCGAUGAACCCCUCAUCUCUCAUCGUGUUCUUGACCGAUGGCGACCCGACCUCGGGAGUCACCAAUAUUGAUCGGAUUUUAUCGAACGUACGCGAGGCCAACGAAGACAGUGGGCACUCGAUAUUUUCUCUUGGUUUUGGCCGAGGAGUUGACUUCGGGUUCCUUCGGAAAAUCUCGCUCCAAAACAACGGAAUAGCCCGAAAGAUCUACGAAGAGUCGGACGCGGCUUUGCAGCUCCAGGGCUUCUACAAGGAGAUCUCCACGCCCCUUCUCACGGAUCUGAAGGUGGAGUACCUGGACGUUGAGAACACCACGCGAGUCGAGUUUCCAAACUACUUCAAUGGGUCGGAGAUCGUCAUCUGUGGGAUCUUUGAACCUGACAUCAUCGACAUCGACGAUGAUGAUCUUCCGGACGAACCUAUCUUCCGAACGAAAGUCCGCGGCAAGUCCAACGGAAAUGACGUCAUCAUCGAGAAGGAAGUUGAUGUUAAGGACGCGAGCAACACGGGGUUGAGGGCGUCAACGGAGAGACUCUGGGCCUACCUGACAAUCAGAGAGCUCCUAGACAAAAUGGAGAAAACGGACGAUGAUGACGACAAGGCAGAACUCAAGUCCAAGGCGUUGCGCCUUUCACUGAAGUAUUCGUUUGUCACUCCAUUGACCUCCAUGAUCGUGAAGAAGCCGAACGCGAACGAUUCAAGAAGCGAUAUUUCCGACAGUGAUGACCCGAUUGAGAGAGCGGUGUCAUCGAGAGGUCGUGGAGCACAAUUCUCGCCUGGCGUGUUUGGUAAUCCACCCCCACAAGGAUUGUCAGGAGGUAAUCACGGCGCCCGCCGUAAAAGUAAGUCACCCCAGCGCGUACAUCAAAACCAUCAUAGUAUGGUUGAUCCUAGCUUUGACCUUCAAACUGAUGAUGUAGGUAUGGAUCCGUCUGGGGCUAUGGUUCCAGCAGAUCGAUGUAAUCCCAAAUGCCAACAUGGCUUCGUGUGCAAGUUAACACAAGUGCAAUGUGUCAGAGCACCCUGUCCAUCAUCGCGACAAUGUGUGGCAUUCCGGAAUACUACAUUACUCCAGAAUAGUUAUGUGAUGUUGCAGGGCGUCGAUGGUCCACGAAUUCUUGUCAACAUCUCUGGUGUUAAAUUCUGCCAAGAUCCUCAAGUACUGGAAGGGGAGUCCCUCGUGGUGAAAGAGGACGGUCGAUCAGGCGCACAGGUAAAUGCCACUUUCACGACAGUGGGUGGAGAAACGGUCAUGACUGGUGUAAAGGUGGUAUUACCCCAGAAGAACCUGACCAUGACUGCCGACUUGGUCAAGAUGGAUAUAAUGUGCCACGGGACGCCGGAGUCAAGAAAUUGGCAGGAUCUAUUCGGAACGAACCAGGCCUUGGUGAUGCCAGGGGUUAACCAGGGUGGUCAAAGCAGGCAAAGCGGAGGGGGAGGUCAUCGCGGACGAGGGGGCAGUCAAGGACGCCGCGGGGGGCAUCACGGCCGAGGUCAAGGCAGAGGAACAGUUAACAUGCAUCAUGGUCGACGGACUAAUGCUUGGGCCAAAAUGGAGUCCCACCAGCUUCGUAUCCACAUAUCCAGGAAGCUGUGUCUCCUGGUGACACGAAACACCGAUCUACAGACUGACUACCUGAGCUUGAGAUUGGAGGUUCAACGGACAGGAGAAGCGCCACAGUUGGAGGGUAUUAUGGGAAAUUAUCUCACGGGCAGGGUGAAUCGGAACGGGGUAUUCCAGAUGAAGGACCACAGGGGGCGUAUGCAGCCGUUGUUCGAUCUUGCUAAUCAUGUGCCAUCACUCCCCUUCCCCAACCCCUUCAGCUUGGUUGAUGACACUUGCAAAUUCUACUAAUGAAUGGGAUUAUUUGGACUCAGUUUUACCUGCGGGUGAUGUUUAAAGUAACCGGUUUCGAACAUAAGAAAGUUUCACUUAAAACUGGAUUCGAAUUUACUGCAACUUGGACAGAAUUUCGGCAUUGUCACUGCCACUAUAUUCAGGAGUGAAGUUGUUCUCGUCCGAUCUCGCUAUUUUGAUGGCAUUGUGGGAGCGGGCCGUGAGUAAUGCAAUCGGUCUUGUCUCGUAAAGACGUGAGAUCGGAACCAAAGUCAUCCUUUCAAUGCCUGGCGAAACUGGACAAUUCGCAGCAAAUUCGAGUCUAGUGAAAACUUAAGAGUGUAAUUGGAAACCGCCUGGAUGAACUCGAGAGGUUACCCAUUAAAUACAUUUUGUUAAUGGCUGGCUAAUAUUCUAAAAAUGUUAAAAAUGUCGCCGUGUUCUAUGAUAGUGAAGGGAAAGCAGCAUGACAUUUCCGGCCAUCAUUUCACGAGCGAUACGCAGAUUAACAUGGAAGCAAAUAUAAAUCUCCUUGUUAUAGAAAAUCUAGGAAACCACCAGAGGAUGAAUCUUUUUCGUUGUCGUCUGAUUCAACUCUGGCAGUGCUGAAGUAGCAUUGCUAAUCACGUGGAAUGCGGCAGCCAAAACGAUACUCCUAUUGGAAAUGAUGCCGAAGAUUUUGUGCUUCUUUUUCUCUGCCUUCCGCAAGGAAAUUUAUGAAUAAAUACGGCCGACAUUGACCGGCUAAAACAUGUACAUGUACGUGCAUAAAUUACAUAAUGUCCAAGGGGCACUGUGGAUUGCAGGAUCAAUAUAUCGAGAGCCUCGUCUAGAAAUUUUGUGCAAUUCUGAUGAUAUCGAGGGUUAUAUUCGCUCUUCUAUCCCUCGCAUACAAUAACGAGACUCGACUGCAUUGCACAUGUUAUAUAGUUCCUAUGCUUGUGAAAAUGUUGCAGUAUUUUUGCAUUCCAACGAAGACACCUCUGUUGUUAUAUCAAAAAACGGAUUGGCAAUAAACCAUUCAUGAUAAAAAAGUCGACUUUCA